ACCUCGGGGUGAGGAUCAUGUGUAGUCCACGCGCCGAAACUAGGUUACAGCGAGCUGCAGAGCAGGAAAGAGCUGGGAGACGAGAAGCCGCCGUUUAAUCAUUUUCGAGCCAAGGUGUUUUAUCACAACGGCACCUCUGAGACUGCGCGGAGCUGACAGAAAGUAAACAACAGAAACAGCCUGUCGCUUCUGAAUUAUUAGAAAAAAAAGGUAGAAAACCCAUAUGAGGAUUUGCUGUUGUGACAGUUUUCAGCUGCUCCGGUUCGGAGCGAAUAAGUGCGCGUCGCUCUCGCUGUUUCUUGGCUGCGUUUCCACCUGGAGUUGCAUGAGUCGAAGAGUUGGCUAGACCUCACCGCCGACAUGAGAGCUCAAAUAGAGGUGAUUCCCUGUAAAAUCUGUGGGGACAAAUCAUCAGGGAUUCACUAUGGUGUCAUCACCUGUGAAGGCUGCAAGGGUUUCUUCCGACGUAGCCAGCAGAACAACGCUAUGUACUCCUGCUCACGACAGAGGAACUGUCUAAUCGACCGGACCAACCGUAACCGCUGUCAGCACUGCAGAUUGCAGAAGUGUCUUGCUCUGGGCAUGAGCCGAGAUGCGGUGAAGUUCGGACGAAUGUCCAAAAAACAGCGUGACAGUCUGUAUGCAGAGGUCCAGAAGCACCAGCAGUCCCAGGAGUGUGCAGGCAUAGGUGUCCGUGAGGAGAAUAGUGACAUGGCCAACCUCAGCCGCCCCUACAGAAGAGGCUCCAGCACUGCGCUCAGCGAUCUGGACGAUAUUACCACGCUGCCGGAGGGCCUGCUUUUCGACCUGCCGCUGACCCCAGAGGAUGCAGGUGGAGAGUACUGUAACCUGGACAUGCUGGGCGGCAGUGCAGGCAGCAGCUCGUCCUCACAGAGUUCACCAGAACAGACCAACUUGGACUUUGUAGACGGCAACCACAGCAUCAAGCACGAGUACCAGCUGUUGCACGACUCCGGACUCUUCUCGCAUGCUAUCCUCAACCCGCUGCCCGGUGGCUGCUCCCUGCUUGAGAUAGAGCGUAUAACUCAGAGUGUUGUCAAGUCCCAUAUUGAGACGAGUCAGUACAGCACAGAGGAGCUGAAGAGAAUGGCGUGGACCUUGUAUAGCCCCGAAGAGACACGCUCAUACCAGACCAAGUCAGCUGAGGUGAUGUGGCAACAAUGUGCCAUUCACAUCACCAAUGCAAUCCAGUACGUGGUAGAGUUUGCCAAGCGCAUCUCUGGCUUCAUGGACCUGUGUCAGAACGAUCAGAUUAUCCUCCUUAAAGCAGGCUGCAUGGAUGUUCUUCUGAUCCGUAUGUGUCGGGCCUACAACCCCAUCAAUAAUACAUUGCUCUUUGAUGGAAAGUUUGCCACUGCUCAGCUUUUCAAAGCGCUGGGCUGUGAUGACCUUGUAAACGCAGUGUUUGACUUAGCUAAAAGCCUGAGCCGUAUACAGAUGUCUGAGGAAGAGAUGGCUCUUUUCAGUGCUGCUGUGCUGCUCUCACCAGACCGACCCUGGCUCACAGAUGUCCACAAGAUACAGAAGUUGCAGGACAAAGUCUAUGUGGCUCUGCAGCGCUGUCUACAAAAAGACGGAGCAUCGGAAGAGAAACUAGCUAAGAUGGUAUCUAAACUUCCCAUGAUGAAGUCCAUCUGCAACCUUCACAUCGACAAACUGGAGUUUUUCCGUCUAGUUCACCCUGAGACAGCAUAUACAUUUCCUCCUCUGUAUAGGGAGGUUUUUGGCAGUGAAAUCACCUUCCCAGACUCCACAGAGGGCUAGCACCAUUUAGCUAAAUAGCAUGAUUCAAAUAGAAACACUGAGGUUUAGGGAGGGGGAGGUAAAAAUGUGGCAGCAAGCUGAGGCAAAAUCAAGCAGCUACCUAAUGACAAUCCUGCACGCUACACUUUAGGACACACUCCUCUCACCUUUGAACUCCCAACUUUGUGAAGGAGCUUACACUGACCUGCAAGCCAGUCCUUUCAGCUUCAGCGUAACACUACAGGAACUGCUGCUGGGUUAUCAGUGCAUGUUCCCUUUUUUGAGGGAGUUAAAGAAAUGAUUAAAUAGUAGCCUACAUAAUUUGUAUUCUCAACAAUAUUUUUCUAUGAGGAGGCCUUAAACCUCUCAUCAAGUUGAAUUCCUCCCUAAUAUAAAUUUGACUUUUAUCGUUCUCACAGUUCCUGUAAGCUAUUGUUGAAUGUACCCCCUUUCCCCCUUACCAUUCAGUACAGCCAUAGGCUUGAUAUAGAAUGUACAUACUUAAGAUCCUCACCCGCUUUGUGGAGAUUUGCGGUAACGAUGCCCGUUUCAGUUGUUAGUCUCGUAACAGUUUAUAGUUUCAUUCAAUAUUUUUUGGUAGCGUCCACAGUUUUGCAGUUUUGUAACAUAUGAACAAACUGUUUAAAGGGACCAUGAUCAAACUCACAAGCAGACAGGGUUUUUAAACUGUGUGAAUCAUGGGCAAACAUCCAGAGCGUCUGCCUUCAUGCACCUACAAACGCUUGCACACAGAGCACAAAACAUAGCACUUAUGCUGAUAUUUGUUCUUUUUUUACGAGCACACCCUCAGACACUGAUGUGAGCUCUUUAUUUUUUUUUUAAAGCAAUCAGUGACCUCAGUCCCAGUACCUUUUCCCUUUGCAAAUGCCACUUAGAGAGUGAGAGCAAGAGAAUCACAGAGGUAUUGUGAAAGUAUUUUCAGAUGUUCCUUUUUUAAAAUUUAUAUA